CCCGCCCGGUCCCGCCCGCCCGUCGAUCGCUCCCCGCUACUCUCCGCUCCUGCUAUCAAACUGAUUUAUUUUAACGCGGAGAAGAAGACAAUGAUGGAAAUUGAAAUUCAGGCUGACCUGCUCAAAGAAGCCACGGAGAGCAUAGAGGCAGCAAAGAAUUAUAAAGAUGAGUUGGAACAACGACUACAGGGCCUGAAUCAGGCCAGGAAACAGAUCAAUGGAAGUGCGGUGCAGGCUCGCAGUUCCCUGCAACACCACUUCAGUGAACUGAAAGAAACGGUGAUCAGGUUGCUGGACGAGCGGUCAGCUUCCUUGCUGCAGGAGGUGAACAAGAUGGAAGAGGAAAGCAUCAGGCCACUGGACGACUGUCAGAAGUUAAUCGAGCAUGGAGUGAACACGGCAGAGGAGCUGCUACGGGAAGGGGAGAUCGCCAUUCUCGGUGGCACAGCAGAGGAGAAGCUCGGAAACUUCACCAAGAAAGCUCUGCAAAUCCAGCUCGACAGUUUGCCAGAAGUCCCUUCGCUGGUGGAAGUGGCCUGUCUAUCGGCACAGUUGGACAACAGUUUCCUUGGUUUUGUGAAGGAGCGGAUCGCCACGCACGGAGCCGUAGCCUCACGGGCUCCCGUCCAGAUCGAGGAGCUGACCGAGCGGCCCGGAGGGAUCCUCGUGCGAUGGUGCAAGGACGACGAUGACUUUGUGCCUCAGGAGUAUCGCUUGCAGCUCUGCAAGAACAGCGCCGGCCACUUCGAGGAUGCCUACUCCGGAGCCGACACCGAGUUUGUCGUAUUACACGUCGACCCCAACGUCUGCUACACCUUCCGUGUGUGUGCCCGUGGCGAGGGCCGCAGGGAGUGGAGCCCCUGGAGUGUGCCGCAGGCUGCCAUCACCACACUGAGUGCCCACGAGUGGAUCACAGGCUGCGAAGGAUUCAGCCUCAGCAGUCGCAGGGACAUGGCACUCAGGAAUAACUCUCCCACCUGUGGUGUGUUGUACUCCAAGGAACCAACCUACACCAGCGGACAAACCCUCACCUUCCGGAUGGAGGCAGCGGGAAUGCCGGACAAACGGGACAGUAUCGGAGUGUGCGUCGAGGCGCAGAACGGGUGUGACUCCCUGCAGCGGGACAAGGCCGUUUGCAUCAGCCCCAACGGGGCCGUGUUUGUAAAUGGCAAAGAAAUGACCAACCAACUACCGUGUGUUUCGACUGGCGCCUCCGUUACUUUCGACAUGGAUGUGGUUAACUUUGGCUCAACCUUCAACGAUGCCUCUUGUUUCAAACUUCGAGUGAUCAUUAGCUCGGGAAAUCGGGAGGUGGUGUUUGACUGGCUGCUCGACCAGCCCUGUGAAGCUCUGUACUUUGGUUGCUCCUUUGUCUAUCCUGGUUGGAAAGUGCUGGUAUUUUAAAGGGCUAGGGCACGUCAUCAUUUGUAUGUGUCCGUCAGCACUUGGGGGCUGGAUACUCAACCAGAGCAAGAACUUGGGAGUCUCUCAGUAAAGAACAGCCCUCCUAUUCUAGCAGUGACCUCCAAUUGGAAAAGCCUGGAGCCAUUGAAUGUGUUCAUUUUGUGGAUGAAGGGAAAGAAGCAAUUUUGACAUCUUUCCAAGCUUUUAAAAAAAAUUAUAUAUAUAUAUAGUAAGCUAAGUGAAAGUGCCUUAAUUUUUAUUGUGAAAAUGAUAAUGAAAGUUUUAUAUUUAAACAAGUUUUCCAGGUGGAUACUGGACUCCGCGGAAUGUUGUAUCAUGUCUGAAAUGUGCGUUUAUUCAGCAAAAAUGAAUUUUUGCAGUUUUUAAAAAAAUGUGUGGCUGUGGACUGUUGCCAAGGUGACGUCUGUAUUUUAAACGUUAUCAGCACCAGCCUGAAGAGUGGUUCCUAGCCCGCACUGUCCUCGACAUUUUCAAUUAGCCAAGGAUGAUUUGAAUCGAGAGAAGCUUCAGUAUCUGAAUUGCUCCCCAGUCCAUUAGACUGUUGUCUAGCAUUUGACGUAAUGGAUUGUCAGUAUGUCGUCUACUGCCCAGCUAGGAAACAGGCUCGGCUAGAUUCUUAACACGAUCAGUACAAAUGUGAACUGUUUUACAGCAACCCUUACCAAGUUUAUUGGUAACUUUUAUAUCUUUCUUAAAGCCUGAUCCUAAUCCUCAACCUCUUCUCCAUAUGGUAAGUGCAAUUUGAGUGUAUUUCAAAGAUUAAAAAAAAAACAUUUAUUAUUUUAAAUGAACUAAUUAUUGUCCUGAUAUCCAGUUAGAUAAAGUAGUUCUCCUCAGUUAAGAAUGUCUCCCAAGUUUAUGCAUCCCCAGCCAUUCAUUCCUUUGCUCUUCAGCUUAUGAUGAUGAGGAUGACAGUAUUAAGGGUUGGAGAUUUGGGGAAUCCAGUUCUUUGUACUGUUAUCACUGGGUGGGGGGGGGGGGGGGGGAUAUGUUGACAAGUAGAACAGUAUGUUGCAGUGUAGUUUAAUGUAGCUACAAAUGAGUAUUAACACCAAGUAUCAAGAGGCAGUGUAGCCGCUGAGAUGCCCAUGAAGACCAGGGUCACAGAGCAGGUCAGAUCACAAAUGUUGCAGUUUCGUACAUUUCCAGGAUUGUGGUGCCGUAACGUUUUAGAAUGAUUUGGUUUGUGUUCUCCAGAAGAUUUUCAGAAGUGCAAAUGGAUAAAGAAUCAGUGGCAACACAUGGUUCCAGCACCUGCAUCGAAAGAGAACUUAGUGCCCUCCAUAAUGUUUGGGGCAAAGUCCCAUCAUUUAUUUAUUUGCCUCUGUACUCCACAAUUUGACAUUUGUAAUAGAAAAAAAAAUCACAUGGGGUUAAAGUGUACAUUGUCAGAUUUUAAUAAAGGCCAUUUUUAUUUCACCAUGUAGAAAUUACAGCAGUGUUUAUACAUCCCCCCCCCCCCAUUUCAGGGCUCCAUAAUGUUUGGGACACAGCAAUGUCAUGUAAAUGAAAGUAGUCAAGAUUAGUAUUUUGUUGCAUAUCCUUUGCAUGCAAUGACUGCUUGAAGUCUGUGAUUCAUGGACAUCACCAGUUGCUGGGUGUCUUCUCUGGUGAUGCUCUGCCAAGCCUGUAUUGCAGCCAUCUUUAGCUUACGCUUCUUUUGGCGCUAGUCCUCUUCAGUUUUCUCUUCAGCAUAUAAAAGGCAUGGUCAAUUGGGUUCAGAUCGGGCGAUUGACUUGGCCACUCAAGAAUUGACCAAUUUUUAAGCUUUGAAAAACUCAUUUGUUGCUUUAGCAAUACGUUUGGGAUCAUUGUCUUGCUGUAGAAUGAACCGCCGGCCAAUGAGUUUUGAUGUAUUUGUUUGUACUUGAGCAGAUGGGAUGUGUCUAUACACUUCAGAAUUCAUUAUGCUCCUACCAUCAGCAGUUGUAUCAUCAAUGAAGAUAAGUGAGCCAGUACCUUCAGCAGCCGUACAUGCCCAGGCCAUAACACCCCCACCACCGUGUUUCACAGAUGAGGUGGUAUGCUUUGGGUAUUGGGCAUUUCCUUCUCUCCUCCAUACUUUGCUCUUGCCAUCACUCUGAUAUAAGUUAAUCUUCGUGUCAUCCGUCCACAAGACCUUUUACCAGAACUGGUUGCUCUUUUAAGUACUUCUUGGCAAACUGUAACCUGGCCAUCCUAUUUAUGCGGUUAACCAGUGGUUUGCAUCUUGCAGUGUAGCCUCUGUAUUUCUGUUCAUUAAGUCUUCUGCGGACAGUGGUCAUUGACAUAUCCACACCCGAUACCUGAAGAGUGUUUCUGAUUUGUCGGACAGGUGUUUGGGGAUUUUUCUUUAUUAUAGAGAGAAUUCUUCUGUCAUCAGCUGUGGAGGUCUUCCUUGGCCUGCCAGUCCCUUUGCGAUUAGUGAUGUUCCAAACAGUUGAUUUUGGUAAGCCUAAGGUUUGGCCGAGACUGAGAAAGUUUUAUUCUUUGUUCUCAGUCUCAUAAUGGCUUCUUGGACUUUCAUUGGCACAACUUUGGUCCUCAUGUUGAUAAACAGCAAUAAAAGUUUCCAAAGGUGAUGGAAAGACUGGAGGAAAGACUAGGUGCUGAGAGCUCUCUUAUACCUGCAUCAAGGAGGCACUUAAACGCAACUGAGCAAUUACAAACACCUGUGAAGCCAUGUGUCCCAAACAUUAUGGUGCCCUGAAAUGGGGGGGCUAUGUAUAAACACAGCUGUAAUUUCUACAUGGUGAAACCAAAAUGUAUAAAAAUGGCCUUUAAUAAAAUCCAUCCAUGUGCACUUUAACCACAUGUGAUUUUUUUUAAAAUUACAAAUCUCAAAUUGUGGAGUACAGAGGCAAAUAAAUAAAUGAUGGAUCUUUGUCCCAAACAUUAUGGAAGACACUGUAGUGCUGGAACUGAAGAUAGACACAAAAUGCUGGAAUAACUCAGCAGAUCAGGCUGCAUCACUGGAGUACAUUGAUAGAUCUGAUGAGUCCUGACCCAAAACAUCACCUAGCCACGUUCUUCUGAGUUGCAGCUUGACCCGCUGAGUUACUCCAGCAUUUAAGCCUUUUUUUCUUCUAAACCAGCACCUGUAGAUCUUUGUGUCUCCAUCACACUAGAAUGAAUGGGCAGCUGCACUAACAAAUCAUUUUCUUAUACUUUUUUACUGUGAAAUUGUUUGCACUUUGUAUAAUCUGAUCAACCCUAUUACAAAGGGAGUGGAAUGGGACGGAUAACAAGGCUCCAGUGUUUACAUUAUACAUGACAUUUAUCAAUAGCUGGGCCUUUUUAUACAGUGGGCACUGCCAGUGUAGAGUUACCAUUGCUGUGCUGCAACUCUACUGCCACCAGCUCAUACUUAAGGUGAUGAAUUGUAAUGCAAUGUCCAAUAUGUACACGGUUAUCGUGCUGACAAGAGUAGAAAUGUUUUAUAAAAUGACCGAACAUUUUGGAUAUUUCCCAAACCCAGAGACUCCAUGAAAAGUGCCUUUAUUUGUUGAAUUAAACAGCCAAUGGUAGGACAAUCACAAUUUGAAGGUGGCUGUCUGCAAGUCAUUUAUCCUGUGAGGUGCAUCUUCCAGUACUUGCCCUGCCUGGAACGUUUCAAGUCGUCUUCUGCCAAGGUUAUUGAAUUGGACCUGAAAACCUCAUUUUAAAACACCUGCCGUUUAUGCAUCGGUUUUUAGCCAUCGCUGUGCAGAGUACAGCAGUGUGGACAAAGAGAGACAAAUGUACAGUUUUGAAAUUACUCCUAUGGGCUAGAUAUGUUCUCAAGCAUGUAAAUCUUUCAGAGUCAUAGAUGGAUAGACACAAAGCUGGAGUAACGCAGCAGGUCAGGCAGGCAGCAUCUCUGGAGAAAUGGAAUAGGUACUGUUUCGGGUCGAGACCCGUGUUUGGGUGUUGACUUGAAACGUCACCUAUUCCUUUUCCCCAGAGAUGUUGCCUUUCCUGCUAAAUCUCUCCAGCUUCUUGUGUCUAUAUUCGGUGUAAACCACCAUCUGCAGUUCCUUCCUCCCUUCAGAUAUUAUAUGUGGUCUUCAAAAAAUAUCCUCCUCUAAUCUCACCUGUAAAGAGCAAGCAGAGCUGCCAGCCACAGCCCUGUUGGAAGAGUACGUUUGCUGUAAGGAGCAGAGAUUCCAGUGGAAGGUAGACAAAAAAUGCUGUAGAAACUCAGCGGGUGAGGCAGCAUCUAUGGAGAGAAGGAGUAGGCGACGUUUCUGGUCGAGACCCUUCUUCAGACUGAGAUUCCAGUGGAUGUCAUACUGUACUUAUGCAUGAAAAUUAGCUAUUUAUUGAGCAUUUUUUUUAGCAGCAACGAGUUUCUUUUGUUAUGACUCAACUUUGAAAUAUUGCAAAGAAUCUGAACUUUUUGGUUGAUCAGGGUAUAAUUGUUACUUUUACCUCUGCAACAGUCUGGCUACAAGGUUAAAGCUGAACAUGACUUAAAUGUAUUGCAAAGAGCGUUUUAUAAUAAAGUGAAAUACAAAAAGCUAAUCCUUUCUUUAUUCCUGAUGCAACUUGUUCAGCAAGAAUGGAAUUGCUGUUUCAUUCUGC